AAUACCGAACGAAUUCAGAGUCGAAAACUUUGUUCUUUAUAUAUUUUCUUUUUCACAAUUUUCGAUGGAUCGUGCUAAAGUGGACAAUGAUUUUACGGAAAAGGUGCGGUUCCACCUGAGCAAGGAUGAACUGGAACGCCAAAUGCGAUACAUCCACGAUCGUGGCGAUCCAUCGGAUGCCAAGGAUAGGCCUACCGGAAGUGGAAGCCAUGCACGUAGUCAAAGCACAAAUUCGUUGAACGAUUUGCCUCGCCAAGAAUCUUGGACCAUGGAGAGCGUUGGAGGUUACUACUUGCCGAACGAGGAUGUGGGCAAGAUGCCCCUUUCGCGUCAGGAACAGCUCUUAAUUCGGGAUCUUAUCUAUGCCUUUUCCGGGGUUCCAUCCUCGCAUGUUAAACCCGAUAUCGAGGUUGAUAAGAUAGCCAAUAUGACUGCACUGGAUAUAGCCAAAGUGCGCUUUCGAGUGGAUGAGGCAUUUCAUGGUUCCUUCAGGGUCUUGGCCAAUGAUACGUUGCCAUUGGUCGGCUAUUACAUAAGUGUUCAGAGUUUCAUUGAGGAGACCAACAUGUCGCCGAACUGUGGAAGAACUCGUCUGGCUUUGGCCACCGCUUUCAGUGACCAAAUGCAGGAGUACUAUGAUUUGCAAUCCAAGUUGGAGACAGACCAGCUAGAGAAGAAGCUGAAUCUGAAGGAUUUGGUUCGGCAGGUUAAACCUUGGUUAGGUGUUUUGAAGAUUUUUUCCACUAUGGCCUGUAGUUCCCGCGGGAAGUUGAACAGCGCCCAGUUGCUGACACUAUUGGAUCAGUUUCCUCGGGAUCAAAACAUCACGGAACCCGAUCUAAAGGAAAGGGUCUCAAAAAUACUGGCUUUUGUGACCCGUGCCUAUAUGAAGAUUGUUCAGUUGUGGACUCAAAAAGGUGUUUUAUACGAUGCGCAGCAUGAGUUUUUUGUGGAGGAUUCGGAACCCUCGAAUGCCAUGAGUUGUACUUUAUUGGCACCCGAAAAAUGUUGCCACACCUACUGGUCCCAGAGAUACAUCCUUCAUCCGAAUCGCCUGCCAGCUUUUUUGCUUUCCCAGGUAGAUGAAAUUUUUCUGGCCGGAAAGUACCUGAAUAUCCUGCGCCAGUGCAAUGUGACAAUGAAAUUGCUGCAACUGCCACUUAGUUAUACUCCUGGGGAAACAGGACAUGUAGAGAUUAUCAAAAAUAGUUACGACUUGCCAGCAAAGAAACUUUUGGAGGUUCUAAUGAAGGAGCACAGCUUGGCAUUGCACCUUCGCAAUUUAAGGUUAUACUUCCUGAUGCAGUUGGAAGGAUUCUCGGAGAGUCUGCUGGAUAAAUGCCAGGAGCAACUGCAGUGCAUCUCGGAUAAAUUGAUUCCUGAGAAACUUCAGCCUUUGCUAACGGAGACCUUGAAGGACAACAAUGAUUUCUUUAAGGAUAAGCUGCGCAUUCAAAUCAAGAAUUGCGAUGCGGCCACUCAACUGGGCAGGAUGCAUAAAUUCGGAAGUACCGAACAGGAAGAUAGGGAUAAGGAGAAGACCAGCGAGGAGGAUCUACCAGAUCUGAAUCUCUAUGGAUACGAAGCUAUAGCCCUUCGUUAUGAGGCCAAAUGGCCACUUAGUUUUGUUCUUUAUCCGGAGCUUCUGGAGCAAAUGCAAAUCCUACAACGCGUAUUGUUCUAUCUUCGAUAUGUUACACGACACUUGACAGUCCUGUGGCAAAAUCCAUCGGAGGGAACUGGUCUUAAAAUCACAAAACGAUCGGGAGAUCUUCGCCAACGGAUGCUUAUGAGUAUGAUAAAUCUUGAGCACCACAUUACUUUGGAUAUCGCAGAGCCCCGAUGGCAAUCGUUGAGCUUGACAGUGGAUAAGGCUGAAAACAUAGAUGAGGUGGUCAAUAAGCUGGAAAACACCGUUGACGAAUGCCUUCGAUUGGGGCUUCUUUCCGCCACCAACACUUUUGUAGGAUCUCUAUUUACCCUUGGUCAAGUGUGCCUCAACUUUUGUGGCUUCGUGGAGUCCAAAUCAGGGGACAAUACUUCCCCGGAAUUCGAACAGGGAAUUUCUGAGUAUGAAGAGGAGUUCGACAGCUUUAUGUGCACCAUCUUGGAGUUGCUAAGCGAGAUGGCCAAGACGAGUGGUUCUGGCGAGCGGGAUGCCUGCAAAAAGUUGGUGCAACGCCUUAAGGAGUUUUGCAAGUUUACCGCAGUGCAUCCAGAUAGUCUAACAAACUAAAAUUUGUCAUGAGUAACACUCUGUGUGAAAAUAGUUAAAUGUAAAUUAAAUAAUACAAGAUUAGAUAAACAAGCAAAUAAGAAAUAUUUUGGUAGAUA